CUCGCCCGGCUCCACUUCCCGCUCCCACUCGUCCCACCCGGAGCGAGAGCCCGCCUCCUGCUUCCUGCCGUGGAGGGCCGAGAAUAGCUGCGUCAGACUACUCUCUUCUACAGACCCGGCUGGCGCCGGGGAGGGUCCGAGUGCAGGAUAUGCUUGUUGGGCUCCAGCCAUGGAAAAACUCCAGGGGCAUGUGUCUGCCCACCCAGAUAUCCUCUCCUUGGAGAACCGGUGCCUGGCCACACUUCCUGACCUGAAGAUCGUGGAGAAACGACGUGGGCAUUCGUCUGCCCACCCAGACAUCCUCUCGUUGGAGAACCGGUGCCUGACCACACUUCCUGACCUGAAGACCAUGGAGAAACCAUAUGGGCAUGUGUCUGCCCACCCGGACAUCCUCUCGUUGGAGAACCGGUGCCUGACCACACUCCCUGUCCUAAAGAGCACUGUGUCUGCCAGCCCCUUGCUCCAAUGUCUCCAGAGAUCUCAUCUGGUGCAAGCCGAUCUGUGCAGCCUGAACACCAACAAUCACCUGCUCUCUGAGCCACCAACCUGGAGGGCUCUGUGCCUCUCUGAGGGACUAGGCCUUCAGACCUGCCCCAGGGCUCUGAAAUCCACGUCUGCCCCAGAGAGAGCUCAGGAAACAGCUUUGGGUCAUCGGUCCUCCUCAGAAAAGAAAAACCUAGAAGAAAAGGAAUGGGCAGAGGCUCCAAUUCCUUUUUAUAGCCUAAGCUUGGGAGACGAGGAGGUGGAGGAGGAGCUGGACCUGAAGCUCACCCAUGGGGACUCUGAAUCUUGUCCUGAGAUCACUGACCGGGUCCUUCAGGAAAAGAAGAUGGCCCUAAUGAGCUUGCUGUGCUCUACAGUGGCAUCAAAUGUAAACAUGAAACAUGCAGCCGACCCUACCAAGGCUUCCCUCCUGGAAGCCUGUAAUGAACUUGCCCCCUUGGAGCCUGAGUUUAUCCUCAAGGCAUCUCUGUAUGCCAGGCAGCAACUGAACAUCCGGGAUGUAGCCAACCAAGUCUUGGCCAUUGCUGCCUUCUUGCCAGUCUGCCGUGCCCACCUGCGACGAUAUUUCUGUGCCAUUGUCCAGCUGCCUUCUGACUGGAUCCAGGUAGCUGAGUUCUACCAGAGCCUGGCUGAAGGAGAGGAGAACAAGCUGGUGCCCCUGCCUUCCUGCCUGCGUGCUGCUAUGACGGACAAAUUUGCCCAGUUUGAUGAGUACCAGCUGGCCAAGUACAACCCUCGGAAGCACCGGGCCAAGAGACGCCCCCGCCGGCCCCCUCGCCCUCCGAAGACGGAGCGUCCGUUUUCUGAGACACAGCAAUAUUUUCCUGAGUGCCUUCAACAUCUUCAAAAUGAACAGAAGAAGUUUGAGGCAACUUACAGUGCGGUGCCAGAGAAAAAGAAUCAGCCAAGGUUCACCCUGAAGAAAUUGGUACAGCGACUGCGUAUCCAAGAGCCUGCCCAGCACGUCCAUGCCCUGCUGGGCUACAGAUACCCCUCCAACCUACAGGCCUUUUCUCGAAGUCGCCUCCCUGGGCCGUGGGACCCCAGCCGAGCUGGGAAGCGGAUGAAGCUGUCUCGGCCAGAGACCUGGGAGCGGGAGCUGAGCUUGCAGGGGAACAAAGCUUCUGUCUGGGAGGAACUCAUCGACAGUGGGAAGCUCCCAUUCAUGGCCAUGCUUCGGAAUCUGUGCAACCUGCUGCGGAUUGGAAUCAGUGCCCGCCACCACGAGCUUGUGCUGCAGCGACUCCAGCAUGAGAAAUCCGUGAUCCACAGUCGGCAGUUUCCAUUCAGAUUCCUUAAUGCCCAUGAUUCCAUCAAUGACCUUGAGGCUCAACUUAAAAAUAAAGCAUUGCCAUUUCCUUCCAACACACAACUGAUGAAGCGGAUAAUGAUUAGAAACUCAAGAAAUGGCAAGAGGCCUGUCAAAUUGCAGAGGCAACUUUGCAAUUUAAGUCGUCGGGAACUUCGGGCAGCCAUGAUGAUGCCUGUGAUGUAUGAGAAACUCAAGCGGGAGAAGCUAAAAAUACACAGGACCAGACAGUGGAAAUAUGACAGUGAGAUGCUGGCUCGGUAUCGACAGGCGCUGGAGACAGCCGUGAACCUCUCUGUGAAGCACAGCCUGCCCCCACUGCCAGGCCGCACCCUCUUGGUCUAUCUGACAAAUGCUGAUGCAGACGAGCUCUGUCCCAAGAGCAACCCACAGGGGCCCCCCCUGAACUAUGUGCUGCUGUUGAUUGGAAUGAUGCUUGCACGGGCCGAGCAUGCGGAGCUCUUGCUGUGCGGAAGAGGCGCUCUGAAGACCGCUGUGAUUAAGGCAGAAGACGGUAUCCUGAAGACGGCCAUCGAACUCCAGGCUCAAGUCCAGGAGUUGGAUGAAAAGUGUGAAUGGCCCCUACGUACUUUUGGGAAGCACUUGCUGUCUCUGGCUGUUCAAAGAGUUCCUGUGGACAGGGUCAUCCUCUUUGGCCAGAGUAUGAAUGACAAACUGAUCAAUGAGGCUAAACAGCUUAUCUGGCAGCAUGUGAAUUCCAAGUGUCUCUUUGUGGGUGUUCUCCUGAGAAGGACAGGUUGCAUAUUACAAGACUCGAAUCCUAAUGACGUGACAGUCUCAGGCUGUACCGACGGGAUACUGAAGUUCAUUGCAGAGCGUGGAGCCUCUCGUCUUCUAGAACAUGUGGGCCAAAUGGACAAAAUAUUCAAGAUUCCACCACCACCAGGAAAGACAGGGGCCCUGUCUCUCCGGCCACUGGAAGAGAAUACUCCACACCCCUUGGCUCCUGUUUCCCAGCCUGGAUGGCGCAGCAUCCGGCUUUUCAUUUCCUCCACUUUCCGGGACAUGCAUGGGGAGCGGGACCUGCUGCUGAGGUCCGUGCUGCCAGCAUUGCAGGCCCGAGCGGCCCCCCACCGCAUCAGCCUUCACGCCAUUGACCUGCGCUGGGGCGUCACCGAGGAGGAGACCCGUAGGAACAGACAACUGGAAGUGUGCCUCGGGGAGGUGGAGAGCUCGCAUCUGUUUGUGGGGAUUCUGGGCUCCCGCUAUGGCUACGUUCCCCCUGCCUACAACCUUCCUGACCAUCCUCACUUCCGCUGGGCCCAGCAGUACCCUUCAGGCCGCUCUGUGACAGAGAUGGAGGUGAUGCAGUUCCUGAAUCGGGGCCUCCACCAGCAGACCUCUGCCCAAGCUCUCAUCUACUUCCGGGACUCCAGCUUCCUCAGCUCUGUGCCAGAUGCAUGGAAACCUGACUUUAUUCCUGAGUCUGAAGAGGCUGUACAUCGGAUCUUAGAACUGAAGAGCUACCUGAACAAACAGAAAGGGAUUACCUGUCGCAGAUACUCCUGUGAGUGGGGCGGGGUGGCCGCGGGCCGGCCCUAUGUUGCGGGGCUGGAGGAGUUUGGGCAGCUGGUUCUGCAAGAUGUGUGGAAUGUGAUCCAAAAGCUUUACCUACAGCCCGGGGCCCAGCUAGAGCAGCCAGUGUCCAUCCCAGAUGAUGACUUGGUCCAAGCCACCUUCCAACAGCUGCAGAAUCCACCGAGUCCUGCCCGACCUCGCCUUCUUCAGGACACAGUGCAGCAGCUGCUACUGCACCGAGGAAGGCUGAGCCUGGUGACUGGACAGUCGGGACAAGGAAAGACUGCCUUCCUGGCAUCCCUUGUGUCAGCCCUGCAGGCUCCUAAUGGGGCCAAGGUGGCCCCCUUAGUCUUCUUCCACUUUUCAGGGGCCCGCCCUGAUCAGGGUCUUGCCCUCACCCUGCUCAGACGCCUCUGUGCCUAUCUGCAUAGUCAACUGCGAGAGCCGAGUGCCCUCCCCAGCACCUACCGGGGCCUGGUGUGGGAGCUGCAGCAGAGGCUGCUGCCCAGGUCUGCUCAGUCCCUGCAAUCUGGCCAGGCCCUGGUGCUGAUCAUCGAUGGGGCUGACAGGUUGGUGGACCAUCAUGGGCAGCUGAUCUCAGACUGGAUUCCAAAGACCCUUCCCCGGUGGGUGCACCUGGUGCUGAGCGUGUCUAGUGACGCAAGCCUGGGGGAGACCCUUGAGCAGAGCCAAGGUGCCCAUGUGGUGGCCCUGGGGCCUCUGGAGCCGUCUGCUCGGGCCCGGCUGGUGAGAGAGGAGCUGGCUCUGUACGGCAAGCGGCUGGAGGAGUCGCCUUUUAACAACCAGAUGAGGCUGCUGCUGGUGAAGCGAGGGUCAGCCCUGCCGCUCUACCUACGCCUGGUCACCGAUCACCUGAGGCUCUUCACACUCUAUGAGCAGGUGUCUGAGAGACUCCGGACCCUGCCCGCCACUGUCCCCCUGCUGCUGCAGCACAUCCUGGGCACGCUUGAGCAAGAGCAUGGCCCUGAUGUCCUUCCCCAAGCCUUGACCACCCUUGAGGUCACACGUAGCGGUCUCACUGUGGACCAGCUGCAUGGAGUGCUGAGUGCAUGGCGGAUGCUUCCCAGAGGGACCAAGACCUGGGAAGAAGUGGUGGCUGCUGGUAACAGUGGGGACCCUUACCCCAUGGGCCCAUUUGCCUACCUCGUCCAGAGUCUGCGCAGUUUGCUGGGGGAGGGCCCGCUGGAGCGGCCUGGUGCCCGUCUCUGCCUCCCUGAUGGGCCCCUGAGAACAGCAGCUAAAUGUCGCUAUGGGAAGAGGCCGGGGCUGGAGAGCAUGGCACACAUCCUCAUCGCAGCUCAGCUCUGGAAGACCUGUGACCCUGAUGCCUCAGGCACCUUCCGAAGUUGCCCUCCCGAGGCUCUGGGAGACCUACCAUACCACCUGCUCCAGAGUGGGAACCGUGGCCUUCUCGCAGAGUUCCUCACCAGUAUCCAUGUGGUGGCUGCACACCUGGAACUGGGCCUGCUCUCUCGGCUCCUAGAGGCCCAUGCCCUCUAUGCUUCCUCAGUCCCUGAAGAGGAACAAAAGCUUCCCGAGGCUGACAUUGCUGCCUUUCACACCUUUCUGAAGCAGCAGGCGCCAGUCCUUAGCCAGUACCCCCUGCUCCUGCCCCAGCAGGCAGCCAACCAGCCUCUGGACUCGCCUCUUUGCCACCAGGCCCCCCAACUCUCCCAGCGAUGGCACCUCCAGUGCAUGCUACGGUGGCUUAAUAAACCCAACACCAUGAGGGGCCAGCAAAGCUCCAGCCUGUCCCUGGCAGCUUCCUCAUCCCCCACAGCCGUGGCCUUCUCUCGCAGUGGGCAAAGAGCCGCUGUGGGCACUGCUAAUGGAACGGUUUACUUGUUGGACCUGAGAACCUGGCAGGAGGAAAAGUCUGUGGUGAGUGGCUGCGAAGGCGUCUCCUCUUGUUCAUUCCUCUCGGACAAUGCCCUCUUUGUCACUGCCUUUGACGGGCUCCUGGAGCUCUGGGACCUGCAGCAUGGUUGUCGGGUGCUCCAGACCAAGGCUCACCAAUACCAAAUCACCGGCUGCUGCCUGAGCCCAGACGGCCGGUUGCUGGCCACCGUGUGCCUAGGGGGGUGCCUAAAGCUGUGGGACACAGUCCGUGGGCAGCUGGCCUUCCAGCACACCUGUCCCAAGCCCCUGAACUGCAUUGCUUUCCACCCAGAGGGCCGGGUAAUAGCCGUAGGCAGCUGGGCUGGCAGUGUCAGCUUCUUCCAGGUGGACGGGCUCAAAGUCACCAAGGAACUGGGGGCCCCAGGAGCCUCCGUUCGCACCUUGGCCUUCAAUGCGCCUGGACGGGUCGUGGCAGUGGGCCGGCUGGACAGGAUGGUGGAGCUGUGGGCUUGGCAGGAGGGGGCACGGCUGGCUGCCUUCCCUGCCCACAGUGGCUUUGUGGCUGCUGCCCUUUUCCUGCGUGCUGGGUGCCAGUUACUGACGGCUGGAGAGGAUGGCAAGGUUCAGGUGUGGUCCGGGUCUCUGGGUCGGCCCCGUGGGUGCCUAGGUUCCCUCUCUCUGUCUCCUGCCCUCUCCGUGGCUCUCAGCCCACAUGGUGAGCUGGUGGCUGUUGGGUACCGAGCAGAUGGCAUCAGGAUCUAUGCAGUUUCUUCAGGUUCCCAGGGGGCUCAGUGUCAAGCACUAGAUGUGGCUGUGUCCGCACUAGCGUGGCUAAGCCCUAAGGUGUUGGUGAGUGGUGCAGAAGAUGGGUCCCUGCAGGGCUGGGCACUCAAGGAAAGCUCCCUUCAGUCCCUCUGGCUCCUGUCCAGAUACCAGAAGCCCGUGCUGGGACUGGCCACCUCUCAGGAACUCUUGGCUUCUGCCUCAGAGGAUUUCACAGUGCGGCUGUGGCCGAGGCAGUUGCUGACACUGCCACAAAAGGCAGAAGACUUUCCCUGUGGCACUGAACUCCUGGGACAUCAGGGCCCUGUAAACUGCUGUAGCUUCAGCACUGAUGGAGGCAGCCUGGCCACCGGGGGCAGGGAUCGGAGUCUCCUCUGCUGGGAUGUGAGGACACCCACAGCCCCUGUUCUGACUUGCUCCUUCUCUGUGUGUCACCGUGACUGGGUCACUGGCUGUGCUUGGACCAAAGACAACCUACUGAUCUCCUGCUCCAGCGAUGGCUCUGUGGGGCUGUGGGACCCGGAGUUGAGACAGCAGCUGGGUCAGUUCCUGGGUCAUCAGAGUGCCGUGAGCGCCGUGGUGGCUGUGGAGGAGCACGUAGUGUCUGUGGGCCGGGAUGGGACCUUGAAAGUGUGGGAUCAUCAGGGUGUGGAGCUGACCAGCAUCCCUGCUCACUCAGGACCCAUCAGCCACUGUGCAGCUGCCCUGGAGGCCCGUGCAGCUGGCCAGCCCGGGUCAGAGCUUCUCGUGGUGACUGCUGGGCUGGAUGGGGUCACACGGUUAUGGCAUCCACUCUUGGUGUUUCAAACACAUACCCUCCUGGGACACAGUGGCCCAGUCAGUGCAGCUGCUGUUUCCGAGGCCUCAGGCCUCCUGCUGACCACCUCGGAGGAUGGUUCCAUACGGCUCUGGGAGGUACCUCAGGAAGCAGAUGACACGGAUAUACCCAGGAGUCCUGCAGCCGUCACGGCUGUGGCCUGGGCCCCAGAUGGUUCUUUGGCCGUGUCUGGGAAUCAAGCCGGGGAGCUAACCUUAUGGCAGGAGGCUAAGGCUGUGGCCACAGCACAGGCUCCAGGCCGCAUCAGUGCUCUAAUCUGGCGCUCGGCAAACACCUUGGUUGUGGUCAGUGCUGAUGAAAAAGUCAGCGAGUGGCAAGUGGAACUGCGGAAGGGUUCAACUCCCAGAAAUUUCAGUCUUCACCUGAACCGAGUUAUACAGGAGGGCUCAGGGUUCCUGGCAGGUGUGGGCCUGGCUCCUGAUGGUCACUCCCUCAUCUUGGCCAAUGCGGAUUUGCAGUUACUGCACAUGAAAUCAGGGGACGCUCCCUCUGUAAUCUGGAGCAGGUAUACGGAGCAUCUUAUAAUGUUGUCUACUCAUCAGGAGUUUGGUGUGUUUGUCCUGCAGCCAAUGGCCCCUGGAAUUCUGUCUGUCUUAAGGCAGAAGGAAUCCGGAGAGUUUGAGGAGAGCCUGGACUUUGAUCUGAACCUAGAGAAUCCUAGUGGGACCCUAAUAUCAGUAACUCAGGCCAAACCUGAAUCCGAAUCCUCAUUUUUGUGUGCCAGCUCUGAUGGGAUGCUUUGGAACCUAGCCAGAUGCACCCUUGAAGGAAAGUGGACCACAGGUAACAUCUGGCAGAAAACAGUAAAAAUGCCUGAAACCCAAACUCCAGGGACAGACCCAUCUAUAUAUAGUGACAUGGAUAGCUGGACAGCAAAACCACAUCUAAAGACGCAGCAGCGUAGAAAGAUUCACUCGGACGCUGUCACAGCCCUCCAUGUGCUGCCUGAGUUGCUGGUGACAGCUUCAAAGGACAAAGAUAUUAAGCUGUGGGAGAGACCCAGUAUGCACCUGCUGGGCCUGUUCCGGUGCGAAGGGGCAGUGAGCUGCCUGGAACCUUGGCUGGGGCCUGACUCUACCUUGCAGCUCGCAGUGGGAGACACACAAGGCAACGUGUACUUUUUGUCCUGGGAAUGAAGAUGCACUCUUCAGAGCAAAAAUAGCAUUUGUGCUAGAGAUGCAAAGCCUGAGGAUACCAGUGGCUACUUUGUUGGUAAAAUUAUAAAAAUAAAGUGUCCGAAAGUCUCAAAUGCA